AUGAGGAAGCAAGUGAGGGAUGGGGCGACUAUACAUAUUUGGGAUGAUAGGUGGCUUCUAGAUACUGAUUAUGGAAGAGUCAAAGCUAGGGAGGGGAUGGAGGUCAAGGUCUACUGGGUGAACGAGCUUAUAAAGGAUGGGGAGUGGGAUAUGGAGGUGAUUACUAGGAUAUUUGAUGAGGAAACUAGGCGGAAGGUACUUAGGAUCCCACUUAGUGUUAUGCCUAUGAAAGAUAGAAUAUACUGGGUAAUAUCUAGUACUGGUGUUUAUACGGUGAAGUCAGGGUAUAAGUUAGCUAAAAUUAGGAAGAGGAAGGAGGAACAAAGAAGGACACGGGCAGAACCUGGCUGUAGUGUGAGCUGUGCAACUUUGAGCUGGAACUCUGUAUGGCAUAUGAAUAUUAAGCCAAAGCUGAAACAUUUUAUUUGGAGAUGCUUGAAUGGCAUUCUCCCAGUAAAUGCACUGCUUAUGGAUAGGUGCUCAAAAGGAAAUUUUCUGUGCAAAUGUUGUGGGGAAAACCCAGAAACUAUUGAACAUUUGUUUUUCUUCUGCAACAAUGCCCAAGAGAUCUGGAAAGCUGCUCCACUUGACUAG